GUUCAUAAUAAAUUUAAGCUAUACUGUACAAUUAUUUGAUACGUCUUACGUACAAUUCGAAGUCGACGUUAGUACUUCGUAUUUGGUAUGUAAUACAAUGGUGGCUUAAGUAUCUUGUCGGACCUUUUACUCCCUUUUCCAAGCCAAAAAUCCUUCGCCCGAAGCCACGCGUGACCAGUUUCAAAGAAUUUUCCUCCCUCGGCGGAUUCAAAUUCUACAGAACGAACCGCACGAAAUCAUCGUGCUUACCAUCCCCGGUCUCAAUGGUUUGAAUUAUAUAUAUAUUAUUAGAUAUCAAUCUUUUCUCUACUUAAUCAUGGUUUGAAUCUGGAAUUCGAGAUUUGGUGGUUCUUUAAAUUCUCAUCCCUUUUCCACCCACAUAGUUUUUGGCUCCAGUCGCACGGUGACCAAGAUGGUUCCACCUCUUCUUCGGGUCAUAUCUUCUGCCAUCCUUUUGGCUUUCGGCAGCCGUGCUUAUAGGUUACCUAACACGGCCGAAGAUAGAGCGUCAUUGGUCCGAGAUAAGGAAUCCCAUUCGCCGGAUCUAAAUGUGCUGGUCGACGUAUUGGAUGCCAUGCAUGUCAUGCAGGAGGACUAUUUCACGCCAUGGCUUGGGACAUGGCCCGACGCAAUCGACUGGACAGCUGCCGUCAUGGGCACGCACAUCUCCGGCGCAGUGCGUAGCCUUUCCGAGGCUUUGAUCCACAUCAAUUCGGACGAGGAAAGCUCCAUAGAUUGGAAAUUUCAGUCAAAUCUGGUUGAUAAAUAUUUCGCACAGAUUACCGCGUAUUACUUCGGUCAAGAUGCAUUUGCCAUCCGGAACGAGGCAUAUGAUGAUAUCCUUUGGGUGGUGCUCGGCUGGCUCGAGACCAUUCAGCUUGUGAACAUGCAUAGCGAUUUGCAUUUUAAAUCAGACAUCAAAAAUGCAGCCACUCAACCCAAAACGGAUAAUCUUCAGAGGAUCAGUGAUUUCUUUUUAAACCAGACAUAUCAUGGAAAUCUCUGGAUUCCUGCUUUCGCCCACCGAGCCCGUAUUUUCUGGGAUCUCGCAUCUACUGGAUGGGACACCAAAUUGUGUGGCGGCGGAAUGGUCUGGAAUCCUCGCCUACUGCCAUACAAGAACGCUAUAACCAACGAACUAUUUAUCGCCGCUUCUAUAUCGAUGUACCUAUACUUCCCAGGUGAUGACAACACGUCGCCAUUCUUUGGUUUCGGUGGCUCUAAUGAUGAUUCUGUUAAUCGUGCCAAUACUGGAGCAAGAGAUGCGAAGUAUCUAAAGGCUGCUGUGGAAGGCUACAAAUGGCUUGUUGAUUCGAACAUGACCGACAGUCGGGGCCUAUACACAGAUGGCUUUCACAUCAGUGGGUACACAGACACGGGUAACAACAAUACAAAAUGUGACCGGAGAAAUAACAUGGUCCUGUCGUACAACCAAGGCGUACUUCUCACCGGACUUCGCGGACUUUGGGAAGCGACAGGAGCUGCGUCGUACCUUUUAGACGGUCACAAAUUGAUUCGAAACGUGAUUAAGGCAAGCGGCUAUGAUCUGACUUUAGACACACCUGUUGAUGAAAUUUCAACGAUAUAUCCUAGACGGCUUCCAAGAUGGCACGGCCUGGGCCGCGCAGGCGUUAUGGAAGAUCCGUGUGACGCAAGCGGGACUUGCAGCCAAGACGGGCAGACAUUUAAAGGCAUUUUCUUCCAUCACCUCACGGCUUUCUGUGCCCCUAUUACCACAUCUGCGCCAGAAUCCCCUACUGAUCCCGAAAUGCGCGCUUUCAUUGAGAUACAAAAAUCACACAGUGAGGCUUGCUCCUCGUACGGAGGCUGGUUGAAACAUAAUGUGCGUGCAGCACUGGGUACUCGCGACAAGGCAGGAAGAUUCGGACAAUGGUGGACAGCAGGCCUACUCAAAAGCUGGGACGGGCCAUGGCCCACCAUGGAAGACGACGGGGUGCCGCGCGAUGCAAGCGAAGUCGAUUACCGCAAUUAUGGUGUGCCGAACGAUACGACGUGGCGCGCUCAACCACCCAAUAGCGGCAAGCCAAAGAGUCAUCAUCCGAAUUGGCUGCAUGUUGCGGAUCCGGACCAAAUACAGAAGCCUUUAGAUGGAGACAUUGACACCGACGCUGAGGACACACCGAUGGGUGAACUUAAGAAACGCCAAGAUGAAAAUAGCGCCGUAAAGGACCCGAAUAGGCGCGGGCGCGGCAGGACUAUUGAGACACAGGGCGGUGGCCUGGCGCUUCUAAGGGCAUAUUGGAAGAUCGCGCAUGCGCCUUAGUUACCCGGGUACCUAGUGUGGCUCACGAUGAUGUCCGUGGUUUGAGUCCUCCUAUGAUUCAUCGCUGGACUUUUCAAUUCCUUUUUUUCUCCCAAAAUGUGGUACGAAUAUUGGCGUCUCCCUAGCCACCGCAAUUUUGAUGUCUAGGGCAAUUGUCGGUCUAUUGGGAUGAGGGGUGCAUAUCAUCUAGAGGUGGGAAAGCAAAUCGGAGAGGCGUCUUCUUUUCUUCACAUUACAUAGCAUAUACGCAGAUACGAAUGUACAUAAACGAGCAUAAACAGGGGCAUCAUGAGGAAUGAUCAUGAUGUUAAUGACAAUAGUCAUUGAGCACGAGGCGCAGGUGUCGGGUUAUACGAUUAUUCGGUGUAGAUAGCUUCACUUAGAUCAGGGCCCGCAUACAAGAUACCGUCUAGCAUUACCAAAUACCUAA